GUGAGGUGAGUAAGAACAAGAAGUUAGAAGAAGGAAAAGAAGCAUAAAGUUGGCUGUAGCUAAAUGGUUUGAAAUAAAUUUGUCCAUAUAAAUCAUUUAUUAAAAAUUCUUUUGGUCAUCGGAUACGGUUUGACCACCCUUCCUCCCCCAACCCAAUUUCCUACAACUUUCUCAUUUUAGCGUUGCGUUUCGUUUCGUUUGAUUUCGCUGUGUUGCAACAAUUGCCUUGCCUUACCAUACCUAAGAAGUACGACAUCACUGCUGACUUUGACUUUUAUUAUCAAUACCACCAUUAUAAUAUUCUAUUAUAUAUUAUGUAUAUAUAUAAACAGCACAAACUUCCUCAUAUCAAUAUAUCUAUAUUUCCAUUUCUAAAACUCCAAUUAUCAUUAUCCCACCCACUUUCCCCACUUUUCUUUGAAAAAAGAAAUCUCUCUCUCAUUUUGGCAUUAACUCAAGAAAUAUAAAUCUAGAAUCUGGCCAGCCAAAGGAGAUAGCCUAGAGAUCUAGAAAAAAAGAUGAGGAGAAGUAACAGUGAUAAAAGGAGAGGAGGAGGAGGAGGAGGAGAUCGUGAGAUGACUAAGGCCUCUUACUCAUCAUCAUCGAAAGAUCAUCAAGAACUGGCAGUAUCAUCCGCCGACGAUGAUGAAACUUCCUUCAUGAGCAGAGGAGCUGGUUUCAGUGGUCCUCUCGAAAUGAGUAAAAACAAUCACAACAGUAAAAACAACAACGAUGAUGACGACGACGACGCCUACGUUGAGGUCACUCUGGACAUCCACGACGACACAGUGGCCGUUCACAGCGUCCAAGCAACCACGACAGGGAACGAGGACCCUGAGCUUGCUCUGCUCACCAAGAAGACUCUUCACGACAUCAACAAGUCCUCUAAAUCCUCUUCCUUCGGCUCAUCUCGUUUCCGUACAGCUUCAUCUCGUGUCAUCACUCACGUUUCACAGGAACUCAAGCGAUUGGCCUCAAACUCAAAGAGAUCUUCUUCCACCACUGCUAGUAGGCGCUUCAACCGCAACAAGUCCGCAGCCGCACACGCCUUGAAGGGCCUCAAGUUUAUUGCCGCCAAGACAGGUGGCGCCACCGCCUCUGCCGCCUGGUCUGCCGUUGAAAAACGAUUCGACCAGCUCACUGCCAAUUCCGAUGGCCUUCUUCACUCUUCUCUCUUCGGCGAAUGCAUAGGAAUGAACAAAGAAUCAAAAGAAUUUGCAGGGGAGCUUUUCCGGGCACUGGCUCGGAGGCGCAACAUAAGUGGUGAGUACAUCAACAAGGCACAGCUCCAAGAGUUCUGGGAACAAGUCGCCGAUGAAAGCUUUGACUCCAGACUCCAGACUUUCUUCGACAUGGUUGACAGAGAUGCUGAUGGGCGAAUCACAGAGGAAGAAGUCAGAGAGAUUAUCAGUCUCAGCGCUUCGGCAAACAAACUAUCUAACAUUCAGAAACAAUCAGAAGAGUAUGCAGCAAUGAUCAUGGAAGAACUAGACCCUGAAAACGCUGGUUACAUCAUGGUUCAUAAUUUGGAAAUGUUGUUACUUCAAGCUCCAAACCAAUCGGUCAGGGUGACCGACAGCAGGAUUUUAAGCCAGAUGCUUAGCCAGAAACUGAAACCGACUCAGGAGAGCAAUGCCUUGACUCGUUGGUGGGAGAGGACCAGGUACUCCUUAAUGGACAAUUGGCAAAGGGUGUGGGUUAUGAUGUUGUGGCUUGGAAUAGUUUCGGGUCUUUUCACCUAUAAGUUUAUUCAGUACAAGAACAACGAGGCUGCUUUCGAAGUCAUGGGAUAUUGUGUUUGCAUUGCUAAAGGAGGCGCCGAGACACUCAAGUUCAACAUGGCACUCAUCUUACUACCUGUCUGCCGAAACACCAUCACCUGGCUCAGGAACAAGACCAAGUUAGGUGUCGUUGUUCCUUUUGAUGACAAUCUUAAUUUUCACAAGGUGAUUGCUGCGGCAAUCGUUGUUGGCGUGGGGCUUCAUGCAGGGGCUCACUUGACAUGUGACUUUCCGCGAAUUCUCGACGCCUCAGAGGACAAGUACGAGCUCAUAGAACCUUACUUUGGUGAAGAACAGCCUGAAAGCUAUUGGUGGUUUGUUAAAGGAGUCGAAGGUGUGACUGGAAUUAUAAUGGUUGUGUUGAUGGCCAUUGCUUUCACUCUGGCCACCCCAUGGUUCAGGCGGAACAAGCUCAACCUGCCCAAGUUCUUAAAGAGGCUGACUGGUUUCAAUGCCUUUUGGUACUCCCAUCACCUUUUUGUCAUUGUCUACACUCUCCUUAUUGUCCAUGGAAUUUAUCUCUAUCUCACAAAGACAUGGUAUCAAAAAACGACAUGGAUGUAUUUGGCAGUACCAGUGUGCCUUUACGCUUGUGAAAGGUUGAUCAGAGCACUUAGAUCAAGCAUCAAAGCUGUUAAGAUUCUGAAAGUGGCUGUAUAUCCUGGAAAUGUGUUGGCAAUUCACAUGACAAAGCCACAGGGUUUCAAAUACAAGAGUGGUCAGUACAUGUUUGUUAACUGUGCUGCUGUAUCCCCCUUCGAAUGGCAUCCAUUUUCUAUCACAUCAGCGCCUGGAGAUGACUACUUGAGCGUUCACAUUCGAACACUCGGCGAUUGGACUCGGCAACUCAAAACUGUCUUUUCAGAGAUUUGUCAGCCUCCAACGGGUGGAAAGAGCGGUCUAUUGAGAGCAGACAUUCAAGUUGGGGGAAACAAUAACCCGAGCUUCCCCAAGAUUUUGAUCGACGGUGCAUUCGGAGCUCCAGCACAGGACUACAAGAAAUACGACGUGGUAUUGCUUGUUGGACUUGGGAUAGGAGCCACACCCAUGGUGAGCAUUGUCAAAGACAUCAUAAACAACAUGAAGGCCGAGGAGAAUAGAUCGAAUAAUCCCUCGUCUUCGUCAGUGUUCAGGACCCAGAAAGCUUAUUACUACUGGGUGACAAGGGAACAGGGUUCGUUCGAGUGGUUCAAAGGGAUACUUAAUGAGGUGGCUGAGAUGGACGAGAGAGGCCUCAUUGAACUCCACAACUACUGCACCAGUGUAUACGAAGAAGGAGAUGCGAGAUCAGCUCUCAUUGCCAUGCUUCAGUCUCUCCACCAUGCCAAGAGUGGUGUGGAUGUUGUCUCAGGCACUCGUGUCAAAUCGCAUUUUGCCAAGCCAAACUGGCGCCAAGUCUACAAGAGGAUUGCUCUUCAACACCCUAAUUCUCGAGUUGGCGUGUUUUACUGUGGGGCACCGGCACUGACCAAAGAACUCAAACAACUGGCUUCCGACUUCUCCCACAAGACCUCGACCAAGUUUGAGUUUCACAAAGAGAACUUUUGAGUACAUAUAUAAUUAAAUGUUAAUUAUUAAGAUUAGAUAUAUCAUUUCAUUAAUUAUUUUUUUGUAAUAUUAUUAUCUUAAUUUCAUUCGAUCGAUUCUAUCAAUCGUGUAUAUGAUUGAUCAAGUAGAGAGUAGUGGUGAUCACUUUUGUAGUGAAAGAGAAAAAACGGUGACUAAGAUGGACAGUGACACACUAGAGAGACAGAAAGUAGUACCCAUCAAAGAAUGUCUCACCACAGUUUAGAAAAGAAGCAAAGGAAAAAAUAGUGGUGGGAGCUAAGCCAUCCAGCCAGCUGCAAAAUGCCGAUAAUUUAGUCUAGAUCAAUUGCAUAUACAUACAAUAUAAACUUUUGUAACCUGGUUAUUUUUCUAAUAGUGAUUUUUUUUUCUUGAA